AUGACCUCGACAGCUUCGCUGCUGCUGGCGCACCGCCCCGAACAGCGCACCCUGCUGGUCAUCGGGGAGGGCAAGCUCGUGCACGCGAGAAUGUGUGCAGCGCGGGAAGCGGGUAUGAUCGCAAAGCAUGUAUGGCACACACCGCUCGCAGAGGCGCCCCCCGACCAGUUUUACUCCGUGUCGCACGCGUCGCUGUUUCCGCCGCCAGGUGAGGGGGACGCAUGCAAAGACGCCUGGGGCCGCAUCUUGGAUGACAUAGACGGCGAAGAAAAGUGUCUGUUUGCAGUGUGCGUGACAGACACGCUCACCACGGUGCCAAACGAUGUGGACGCGCGCCGCUUGCGGUGUCAAAUGCUGGCGCAGGCAUGCCGCGCGCGUCGUCUCCCUAUCAAUGUGACGGAUGUACCUGACCUGUGCGACUUUUCCUUUCCUGCUACGCAUCGCUUUGUGGCGCAGGAUGCCGAUCACCCUUCGUCCCUUCAGAUCGCUGUGACGACGAAUGGCCGAGGCUGUCGUUUGGCUGGUCGAAUUCGUCGGCAUGUCGUCAGCUCCCUUCCAGCGUCGGUGGGACUGGCUGUAGAGCGCAUCGGCGACAUGCGUGAGAUGGCCAAGACUCGCGCGUGUCGCGGCGUCGCUGGUGAGCAUGAAGAUGAGCCCAUCCUCACAGAUACCCUUGGCUAUGUCAGCACCGACAGCCACGAUGCUUGCUCCGCACAGCGGCAACGUAUGCGUUCUGUCGCACAGAUCAGUGAGUACUGGCCUCUUGAGUGCCUUGCUACGUUAGACGCCACGCAGAUGCGUGCCUUGCUCGAGAAUGAAGAGACACGAAGCGAUGCGCCCCAUCCCGAUGAGCGCGCGACGAAACGCUCGCGACACGACAUCGAUGUAACGCCACCUACCAAGAAAGGCCGCGUGUACUUACUUGGCUCUGGCCCCGGGCAUCCUGCACUGCUCACCGUGGCUGCCAAAGAGAUCCUCAUGUCGCCCGACACGGAUCUCAUCCUGUCUGAUAAACUCGUACCCACCGCCGUUCUUGCUCUGCUGCCACCGUCUACGCCGUUCGUGAUCGCCAAAAAGUUCCCCGGCAAUGCCGAAGGAGCUCAAUCGGAGCUCAUUACUCAGGCACUGGACGCUGCGCGCGAAGGAAAAACGGUCGUGCGGCUCAAGCAGGGCGAUCCCUUCGUGUACGGCCGUGGCGGCGAGGAGCUUGUGGCGUGCCAAAACGCGGGCAUCGACUGCACGGUCAUCCCCGGCAUCUCGAGUGCCCUGGCCGGCCCCCUCAUGUUCAACAUUCCCGUCACGCAACGUGGCGCGGCCGAAAGUAUGAUCAUGUGCACGGGUGUCGGUCGCGGAGGCAAACGCGUCAUGCUGCCUGGAUACGAGCGCUCACGCACUCUGCUGCUCUUGAUGGGCGUAGCUCGAUUGCCUGCUGUGAUCGAGACGCUCGUUUCCGAAUCCAGCGAGGGCCGACACGGCGCUGCCUAUCCGCCUUACACGCCCAUCGCGAUCAUCGAACGUGCCAGUUCCAACGACCAACGCAUGAUCGCCUCGACCCUCGAGCGCAUAGCGCAUGUCAUGGAGAUGCACGUGUCCGAUGGACAGCGGCCCCCCGCCAUGAUGGUCGUGGGAUGGGCCGUACUGAGUCUGGCCAUGGAGACACCUGGCGCACGUGUCCUCGACGAUGAGGCCGAGGGCUGUGCGUCGGCGGCCUCGCUGGCCGAACGCGAUGCAUCGCGCAUUGCCCAAUGGCUGGGUCCACGUGGUCAUGUCAUCCGCGAAGGUCUCCCCUCCGGCUACGAUCGCUUCCUCCAGGCCUCCCUCCCCGACAACGCCCUCCACGGCCCUCGCUCCGAGUCUGGCUGGGCUCCGCCCCGCUACCAAGACCCCCGUUCGUAG